CAAGAAGAGAGAUCUUGAGCAGAGGCGCGAGUCAGAAAAGUAGCGAAAGGACAGGGUCGGCUCAGAAUUCUGACUUGUCGGAUUAGCGUCGCGGCAAACUUCUAGAGAUUCGAGAAGCAGCAACGACAAGGGUAGACGCACACAUCACACACAAUGAGCGCCCGUACGCCUUCGCGGCGACUGCUGCAAAAUGCAGGCGGUCUCCAAUGCCUUCACGCGCCAUCUUCAAGCACACCAUCAACCCUCGGACGCCGUUCUAUCUGGGGCUUCUUUGGCAAGAGAAAGGACGACAGCUCGAUAAGCUCAAGGCCCGGCCAAGCGACAAAUCCUGUUCUAGACCAGUACCUCAAGAAGAAGCCGACCAAGCAGGGCGCCGAAGGCCUGCAGCGCGGUGACCUCGCAGAGACAUCCAUCUUCGAAGGCGAGCGCCAGAGUCAGGAAGCAGAGGAGGAGAGGGAGUUAGCAAAGGAAGCUGGCGGCCGUAACAUCAGCGCCAUGGCCACCGUGCUCGACCCUCACCCCGUAGCACGCGAGCGAUGGCAGCGCAAGAUGCUCAUUCGCGACAUUCGCAAGGGCGGCCGUCUCAACAAGGAAAUGUUCAUCAAGCGCACCGAGAGAGAAAGCACGGGCAAGAGUGAGAACAUCAAGACCAGCAUCAAGAAGCUGGGUCCGAUCGCGCGCCAGAUCGCCGGCAAGACCGUCGACGACGCCAUUGUCCAACUGCGCUUCAGCAAGAAGAAGGCCGCCGUUCCCGUUCUCAACUACCUCGAAUACGCCCGUGAUGAGGCUGUUGUCAGCCGUGGUAUGGGUCUUGGUCAAGCUACCGUAGCCGACUUGGACAAGCCCGUCGACAUCCGCCUCAAGGACGGCAAGAGACACACUGUCGCAGACCCCACCAAGAUGUACAUCGACCAAGCCUGGGUUGGCAGAGGUCCUUACGGAAAGCUGCCCGAGUACCGUGCCAAGGGCAAGAUCAACAUCCUGCGUACUCCCUGGACUCACAUCGGUCUGGUGCUGAAGGAGGAGGCCACUAGAGUCAGACAGUACAACGAGCGUGAGGACAAGAGAAAGAAGCAGCGUGAGGCCAAGGUCUGGACUCCUCUGCCUGACCGCCCCAUCCAGGGUCAGAGACAGUGGUACUCAUGGUAG